AUGUCUACUAACUCCUCAAACUCUUCAGAUUUUUUAAAUUUCUCCCCAUUCCUAGAUCACCUAGAAGCAGGACAAAUUGAGCAUGGGGUCAAAGUGACCAGACUAGAGUCUUUUGACGGCACUACAGAUCCUGGAGACCAUUUGAGCUAUUAUGAAAACCUCAUGAUAUUCCAUCGCCAGAACGACAUUACUAAGGGUCGCUUAUUUGUAUCCACAUUCCUGGCAUACGCCCGAACUUGGUUCUCCACACUUCCCCCUAAGAGUAUCGACUCUUGGAACGCGUUUAAAGAAAUGUUCCUAGCAAAAUUUCGUGUCAAUACUGCACACGUUGUCCACACCAUCUCCCUCAAAAAUGUGAAGCAAAGCCCCGGAGAAUCCCUACGGGAAUACAUACAAAAAUUCAAGGCCGCCGCCCUUAAAGUGAAAGACUUACGGCCUUCGAAUGCUGUAGACUCCUUCAUCUUAAAUAUAAAUUACAAGGAAUGCAAAGACUGCUGCAAGGAGUUGUGCAACAAAGAACCACGGCACCUGUAUGAAGCUUACAAUAUCGUGUCCACCUACAUUGCUAUAGAGGAAAGGAUCCAUGCCUACUAUCCUACGUCUCGGGGAGAGAGCUCCUCCCACCAAGCCAUGCAAGUUGAUGGCAUGAAAGACUUUUGUAAGCCUGUAGAGCCUCUUAGAGAUCAAAGGGAGCCACUCCGACAGGUCUAUGAAUUACCCUGGUUCACUCCCUUAAAUCAAACACCCUCUUUUAUCCUCGACAAAAUCUGUAAUCUUGAAAUUUUUCAAAGGCCAACUGAAAUGGGGACCCCUGCUGAUAGGCAAGACGGGUCACGCUUUUGCCAAUACCAUAACAGUGUGGGGCAUAAAACUGAUGAGUGCAUCUCCUUGAAACAUUUUAUCGAGAGGAUGAUCAAACGAGGUCUCCUGAGAGAAUUUCAGGGCCCACGGAAGAACAUGGCCCUCACUCAUGUCCAACAACCGAAAGAUACGAGACCCAAACAUGUUGUAGACAUGGUUUUCGGAGGCCAAGUCCUGAGUUCCGAAAUCAUGCAAGUCCAGACGACAUAUGAAGCCUUACGACAUCCAUGCCCUUCCAUUUCUUUCUCUGAAGCAGAUUAUCCAGAGGGGCCAUGCCGAACAGCUAGAUAUCGGUGA